AUGCGGAAGAGGGAGAGCUGCUUUAAAGUUUCGAGCAGUAAACUGGCCUUAGCCGCUGUGGCUUUGCAGGAUCACAUCUCAAGCAGCCUAGCACUAGGCCUGGACAGAAAGUCCUCCACUGAGACCCGUGACGGGAGAGUCAGUGGGAUUCGUAAUGACUCCAGUAAACCCCAGAGACAGACAGAAGAGAGAGAAUAUGUCCUGGAUCCGCCCCCACCACCGAUGACACUUGCUCAGCGGCUCGGUUUGGUGGCAGGGCCUUCCAGAAGACUGACCGUGGCUGAAUGGACCGAGGUCAAGUCCAGGUCAGUCCGAGCAGGCGACUCCUCUCUGCCCUGUGUCAUCUGUCGAGAGGAGUUUAAACUGCAGGCUCAGGUUCUGCUUUCAUGCUCUCACAUUUUUCACAAAGUGUGUCUGAAGUCUUAUGAGAGAUACUCCGGCAGGAAGUGCUGUCCUGUGUGCAGGAAGGAAGAGUAUGAAACUCGAGUAAUUCAUGACGCUGCACGGAUCUACAGAGAGAAAUGUGCAGUCAAAAUACAGGCGUGUUAUCGUGGCUAUGUAGUUCGGAAGUGGUACAAAGACGUCAGAAGGCGCGUUCCCCCGAAAGACAAGAGUCUGAGAAGGAAGUUCUUUGAAGCAAAGUUUCAGGAGAUGAGUGAUAACCUGGUGCGGUCGUGCGACAGUGACGUCGAGGCCUUUCUUGCAGACAUCGAUCGCUCGUUAGAGGCGAGCAGAGACGUCCGCCGUCGCCUCGAAUGGGAACACGGCAGCGAGGAAGACAAAAACAACAACAGCGACGAAAACGACGAUGAGGAGGACUGGCAGACAGUGCAGGAGAAGGCCAUCCAGCGAGAUGUCGUGGACUGUCCCAUCUGUCUGACCCCCUUGGCCUCUCCUCACUCUGGGUCAGCGACUCGCAGACCUGUGCUUCUGCUUUCCUGUUCUCACCUCUUCCACCAGCCCUGUCUGCAGGCCUUUGAACUCUUCUGCCUGGAGGGGCGGCCAACCUGCCCCCUCUGCAGGGCACACUACUCCACCAAACUAGUGUAG